ACCCAGGGUUUCUUAACCACUGAGCCACAUCCUCAGCCCUAUUUUAUACUUUAUUAGAGACAGGGCCUCACUGAAUCGCUGAGGCUGGCUUUGAACUCGCCAUUCACCUGCCUCAGCCUCCCCAGCUGCUGGGAUUACAGGCGUACAUCACGGCCACUGGCCCUUUUUGUUUUUUAUUUUGGGUUGAGUUCUCACUAAGUUGCCCUGGCUGGCCUCAAACUUGCAAUCCUCCUGCCUCAGCCUCCAGAAUGGGAGGGAUUACGGGGAUGCGCGGUGCCGACUCCUGGAAGCUCUUGUGGCGCCUCCCCAGAAGAGGCCCAGCCAGGACUGAGAUGACGCAAUCCACCACAGAACGCGUGAGGUGAGGAAGACAGGAGGGGGGACCCAGAAGAGGGGCCGGUGUGUGAAGGGAGCCGGGAAGACAGAGCAGAAGUGAAGGCCCAGGACUCGUGGGGUUGCCUCACCGCCUCAGCUUCCCUUUCUCAGAGCCACUCCCCUCUGUGAGCCGGGCAGGCAGGGGCCCGCAGGUGAGGAAGCCUGUCUCUGCAGCUCUCUCCUCUCUGAGGUUGCAGUGGCCUGUCCUCGGGCCUGCGGACCGUCCGUGGUGGGCAUGCUGGAACCGCCCGCUCUCCCGUGUGCCCCAGCAGCCAGGUCUCUUGCCGGUCCAGAGGGCCCCAUGCUGCCAGCCACAGCCGGGGAUGGCCUCUGCCGCCUGUCCACCUACCUGGAAGAACUCGAGGCUGUGGAACUGAAGAAGUUCAAGCUGUACCUGGGGACUGCAGCGGAGCUGGGGGAGGACAAGAUCCCCUGGGGACGCCUGGAGCCCGCUGGGCCCCUGGAAAUGGCCCAGCUGCUUGUGACCCACUUGGGGACCAGGGAGGCCUGGCUGCUGACCCUCCGCAUCUUUGAUCGGAUCCACAGGAAGGACCUGUGGGAGAGAGGACAGAGAGAGGACCUGGUGAGGGUUACUCCACCACAUGGUUCCUGCUCACUGGGAAGCCUGUCAGCGGGCCUUGUGGACGUCUGUCCCAACACUCCAAGAAAAGAUCCCCGGGAAACCUACAGGGACUAUGUCCGCAGGAAAUUCCGGCUGAUGGAGGACCGCAAUGCGCGCCUGGGAGAGUGCGUCAACCUCAGCCGCAGGUACACCCGGCUGCUCCUCGGCAAGGAUCACUCAAAUCCCAUGCGGGCCCAGCAGAAGCUUUUGGACACAGGCCGGGGACACCAGUCCAGCCCCAUCCAGAUAGAGACCCUCUUCGAGCCGGACGAGGAGCGCCCAGAACCACCGCGCACCGUGGUCUUGCAGGGGGCAGCAGGGAUGGGCAAGUCCAUGCUGGCGCACAAGCUGAUGCUGGACUGGGCCGACGGGAGGCUCUUCCAAGACAGGUUUGAUUAUCUUUUCUACAUCCACUGCCGGGAGAUGAACCGGAGCGUUGCCGAGCGGAGUGUGAAGGAACUCAUCUCCAGCUGCUGGCCAGAGGCCGGGGUGCCCCUGCGGGCGCUCGUCUGUGCCCCCGAGCGCCUCCUGCUCAUCAUCGACGGCUUCGAUGAGCUCAAGCCUUCUUUCCAUGAUCCUCAGGGAUCCUGGUGCCUCUGCUGGGAGGAAAGACGUCCAACCGAGCUGCUCCUGGGCAGCCUGAUUCGGAAGAAGCUGCUGCCCGAGCUGUCCCUGCUCAUCACCACGCGGCCCUCCGCCUUGGAGAAGCUCCACGGCUUGCUGGAACACCCCAGGCACGUGGAGAUCCUGGGUUUCUCCGAGGCGGAAAGGAAGGAGUACUUCCACAAGUAUUUCCGCAGUGCAGAGCAGGCCACCCAAGUCUUGAGCUUUGUGAGGGACAACGAGCCCCUCUUCACCAUGUGCUUUGUUCCCAUGGUGUGCUGGGUCGUUUGCACCUGCCUCAAGCAGCAGCUGGAGGGCGGGGGGCUCUUGAGACAGCCUUUCAGGACCACCACUGCCGUGUACACGCUCUACCUUCUCAGCCUAAUGCAACCCAAACCAGGGACUCCGACCCUCAAAUGCCCACUGAACCACAGGGGGCUGUGCUCUCUGGCCGCAGAUGGCCUCUGGAAUCAGAAAAUCCUAUUUGAGGAGCAGGACCUCCAGAAACACGGCCUGGACGGUGUAGAUGUCUCUGCCUUCCUCAACGUGACCAUCUUUCAGAAGGACAUAGACUGUGAGAAGUUCUACAGCUUCAUCCACCUGAGUUUCCAGGAAUUCUUUGCUGCCAUGCACUAUAUUCUGGAGGGUGGGGAGCGUGGGCCAGGCCCAGAGCAGACCAUGACUCGGCUGUUGACCGAAUACGGGUUCUCAGAAAGGAGUUUCUUGGCCCUCACCGUCCGCUUCCUGUUUGGGCUACUGAAUGGGGAGAUGAGAAGCUACUUGGAGAAGCAUCUUUGCUGGAAGACCUUGCCUCACGUCAAGAUGGAGCUGCUGGAGUGGAUCCAAAGCAAAGCUCGGAGCGAGGGCUCCACCCUGCAGCAGGGCUCCCUGGAGUUCUUCAGCUGUCUGUAUGAGAUCCAGGAGGAGGAGUUUAUCCAACAGGCCCUGAGCCCCUUCCAGGUGGUGGUGGUCGGCGACAUUGCCACCAAGAUGGAGCACAUGGUCUGCUCCUUCUGUGCCAGGAGCUGCAGGAGUGUCCUGGUGCUGCACUUGUAUGGGGCUGCCUACAGUGCCGACCAAGAGGGCAGCUCCACGUGGCCUUCUGAAACCCAGGCGCCCUCAGGGCCGAUACCUGAGAGGAACAGGCUGCCAGAUGCCUACAGUGAGCACCUUGCAGCUGCUCUGCGCACCAGCCCUGACCUAACAGAGCUGGCUUUGUACCGGAACGCCCUGGGCAACCGCGGGGUGCAGCUGCUCUGCCAAGGACUUAGACACCCCCUCUGCCGGCUGCAGAACCUCAGGCUGAAGAGGUGCUGCUUCUCCAGCUCCGCCUGCCAGGACCUGGCCACAGCCCUCACGGCCAAUCAGAAUUUAAUAAGGAUGGAUCUAAGUGGCAACGACCUGGGACUUCGGGGCAUGUCCCUGCUCUGCCAGGGGCUCCGGCAUCCCCAGUGCAGGCUGCAGAUGAUUCGGUUGAGGAAGUGUCUGCUGGAGGCUGGGGCUUGUCAGGAGAUGGCAUCUGUGCUGAGCACCAACCCACAUCUGGAGGAGCUGGACCUGACAGGAAACGCCCUGGAGGACUCCGGCCUGUGGUUGCUGUGUCAAGGACUGAGGCACCCAGGCUGCAGGCUGCGGACCUUGUGGUUGAAAAUCUGCCAUCUCACCGCUGCUGCCUGUGAAGACCUGGCCUCCACUCUCAGUGUGAACCAGGGCCUGACCGAGCUGGACCUGAGUCUGAACGACCUGGGGGACUCUGGAGUGCUGCUGCUGUGUGAAGGCCUCAAGCACCCCAAGUGCAAUCUCCAGACCCUGCGGUUGGGCAUCUGCCGGCUGGGCUCGGCCGCCUGCGCGGGUCUCUCCGAGGUGCUGCGCCUCAGCGCCCGCCUCCGCGACCUGGAUCUGAGCUUCAACGACCUGGGAGACGGGGGCUUGCGGCUGCUGGCCGAGGGGCUGCGGCACCCGAGCUGCAGGCUCCAGAAGCUGUGGCUGGACAGCUGCGGCCUCACUGCCCAAGCCUGUGAGGAUCUGUCCCCCACGCUGGGGAGCGCCCAGCACUUGACCGAGCUCUACCUGACCAACAACGCCCUGGGCGACGCGGGCGUGCGGCUGCUCUGCCAGGGGCUCAGACACCCGCGCUGCCGGCUCCGAGUCCUCUGGUUGUUUGGGAUGGACCUGAGUAAGACCAGCCACAUGCGGUUAGCAGCACUUCGCAGAUCAAAGCCAUCCUUGGACCUGGGCUGCUGAAGGUUCUGCCCUGCACUCAGGAAGACGCAGUGACGGACACUUCCUAGGCCACAAGGACCAGAGUCUUCAAACUGCACGCAAAAAGCUCUUUCAGCUUGGGAUCUUGUGAUCAGCCUUUGAUGGAACUUUCAUGUCUUUAAACACAGGGACUUGGCACACUGAGGACACAAGAGUUCCAAACCCACCUCAACUACCUACUAAAAAACCCUGUGUCAGUAAAGGCUAAGGAUGGGAGGUGUGGAUCAGUGGUUAGAUUCUUCUGGGUUCAGUCCCCAAUAGCAACCCAUAAUAGGGGGUAUAAAAUCCCAAAUGGUUAGAAGGCUACUUUGCCCUCCAGAGAAUGCUUGCCCAGGUCAGCAGAUAUGGUGACCAUGGGGUGGAUGUGAAAAUUCAUGCCCAGAACUUAAUGGAGUAACCCAGUUCAAGCUUCCAGUGAUGCUGAAGAAUCAACAGACCAGCACCAAGAGUUUAUUAAAAACAAUGUUCAGUGGGCUGGGGAUGUGGCUCAAGUGGUAGUGCGCUCGCCUGGCAUGCGUGUGGCCCGGGUUCGAUCCUCAGCACCACAUGCAAACAAAGAUGUUGUGUCCGCCUAAAACUGAAAAAUAAAUAUUAAAAUUCUCUCUCUCUCUCUUAAAAAAAAAAAAAGACAAUGUUCACCUGGGUUCUAAUUCCUGCCUGCAACUCCAACUACUUAGCCCAGGUUGGAGGAUGUCCAGUGCAGAGAACCACCUUCCCAAGCAGAUCUCAGCAAUGGCUAAUUUCAGGUGCAGGACAGGCUGAAUAAGUUGUCUGCAGGGCAUGCCAAACAAAGUUAGCUGCAGGAUGACCUGGCCACCCAUACCCUCUGUCUGGUUUUUUAUCACCUGUUUGCUUCAAGCCCAAACGCCCAAGCCCCCGCCCAUCAAGGCUGAACACUUAACCCCCUUGUGUGCCAACAAGGCAGCUUGCAGAACCAGAGACCUCAUUAGAUUUGGGCUAUGAAAACUCCCUCCUGCCGGACCCCUCUCUCUUGCUCUUUCUCUUGCGCUCUCUCUCUCCCUCUCUCGCUCUCUCCCUCUCCAUCUCUCCUCUUCUCUUCUCUUUCUGCUCCCCCCCCCUCUUUUUCCUUUCUCUCUCUCUCUUUUUCUCCUCUUUUGCCCGGCUGCAAUAAAGCUCUCUUGGUGGCUCUGA